AUGAAAAUACUCCAUUUAAUUGGGAAGAAAAACUUCCUAUUUCAGAACAUGCAGCUGCGACUGUAUAAGGAAGCCCCGCCAAAGGUGUUAAACAAAAAAAGCAGCCACUCAAGCCAGUGGAUACAAAGGCAAAUAACGGACAGGUACGUGUUGAAAGCAAAAAAUGACAACUACAGAAGUAGGGCAGCAUACAAACUGAUCGAACUAGACAAUAAAUACAUGUUCCUCAAGAAAAAUAAAAUCAUAUUAGAUAUUGGUUGCUACCCAGGUAGUUGGUGCCAAGUCAUUUUAGAACGAACGAAGAAUUACUCAAAUGAAAUUAUAGGCAUCGAUAAAAAAAUUAUGGACCCAUUACCGAAUAUACACUUUAUACAUGCAGAAAUAGGAGGAGCAAAAGAUAACAAUAACGAUAAUAACCUUGUAGAUGUCAAGUUGAGAGAAAUCCUACAGGGGAAAAAAGUCGACAUAAUAUUAAGUGAUGCCGCUGUACCUUGUGUAGGCAACAAAAUUGACGAUCACUUGAAUUCCUGUGAACUUACUUUAGGCAUAACAAAUUUUAUGGAGCAGUAUAUAAAUAUGGGGGGGACCUACGUCGUUAAGAUGUACUUGGGUAGCCAGACGGAUAACUUGAAGACGUAUUUGAAAACGAUCUUCCAGUUCGUCAAUACGACGAAACCGAAGGCGUCUAGGCGUGAGUCCAGGGAGGUGUACUUAGUGUGCAGGAACUUCCUUGGGCGGAAGAAAAUCGGCGAGGAUGUGCAGGUUAAGGGCGCCUUCUCGCUCAAGGAGGGGUAUUACUAG